AUGCAAUACGCGUUCUUUAACGAGACGAUCCCAUCUAUGGUGGCUGUGUGCGGCCCGGUACUGGUCAGCGGCCCGGCGUUUGCCGACCCCUGGUUGGAGCUGCAGCCUUGGGCCCCGAGACCUUUACGUCAACACGCCGCAGCUGAAGUGCUCCAGAGUUCCCUCGGUGGGUCACGUGCAGGCGAGCCCCCCCCCCCCACCACCCCCGCCGACGAGUGGCUGCUUCCGCCUGUCGACACGCUGUGCGUUACGCACUCCUUCAGCACGGACAGCGUCAGGACGACGACGUCUUUAGGCUGUCAUGUGCGGUACGCGCGGGUCGCCGCGGCAACGCUUUGGUCGGUCGCCAGCACAGGAUGUGGACGGAGUGGCGGACGUCGCCGAGGAAGACGGGCGCCGGGCCGGCGUGUCGCGAAAGUUGGCCGACAUCACGGCCGGCUGGGACACCGCACAGUCCACUUCCUGUACGCCGACCUGCUGAGCACCGAGUGGCGCGAUUUCCAGAACCGGAUCGAGCUGGGAACGUUGCGGCGCGUGCAUCGCCCGGUGGCCCGCGUGCACCUGCAGUGGGCCGGCUUCCGGGUGGGAGGGGGGGGGGUCGCCGACGAGCGGGUGCCGCGCUACUGGUUAGGCGUGCUGCGGGCCGCCGGGCACAGCGCGUCGAGAAAGCGCGUAGCUGCUACACGCUCAGCUUCGUCAACACCAGACGACGACGUCCCUUCUCGCUGGACAUUUCAUUAGGUACGCCUAUGCGCAAUAACAUUUUACAAAUAGCUUUUAUUCAACACACACAACAGCUGUUUGUAAAAACACACAAUCAUACAAAUAAUACAUAAUUAAAAAUAUAUACAGAAUGUAUAAAUUUGUUAAAAUUGUUUUUUUUUUUUAGCCCUCAAUGAACUUCAAGCAGAGAAUUUUAAAACCUAUAAUAACAGUGACGAAAAUUCAAAAAUAUUCUAUUAUAUUUUUUUGUAUAUUGGCUUAGAUGAGGAUAUAAUAUUCAAUAUAUAAUAUUGGAUAAGAUUAAAAUUACUUUUAACCAAUAAUAAUAUGAUAAAAAUAAUAAUUAAACAUUAUUUUAGCCCUUGAUGGAAAGACUGUUAAAUAAAUGUAUGUUUUUGUUGUUUUUGCCUUCAACUUGGCUAUCGUGAGCAAUUAAAUGGUUAAAAUAAAUAAAAUGAUUUCUUAACCAAUAAUUAGUCUUUUAGCACUUGAUGGAAAUACUGUAGAAUAAAUCAACUAUUUAUAUUGAGCCUACAGAUGAAAAUGAUCUGUGUUUUAAGAAAUAAUAGAAUAAAUGGAAUUAAAAAUACUGAAGCAUCUUUUGUAAUUAUUUUCAUCCCUUGAUGCUCUAAAUAUUAACAUGUAAAAUAAUAAAUACACGAAAAAUAUAUAUGAAAUCAAAGGAAACAUUUGAAGGAACGCAAUAACUCUAACAUAGACUUUAUUACAAACUGUAUUAUAUGCAAUAAGAUAAUAUAAGAAAACCAAAAUAUUCGACCAACCACAGUCGUUAAAAAAAAGUCACAUGAAUCCAAAAUUAAGUGUUAUUACCCGGUGUACCUAAUGAAGUGUCUGGUGUGUGUAUUCCACCAUCUAGUGGACAAAAUGGAUGGCCUACUUUAUGGACUUGCCCGUUUGUAAUGCGGAGACCAAAGCCUAUAAAUAGUGCAAUAAAUAAAAGCUUUUAAACAGACACUGCAGCUGAAUACAUAAAAGUCAUUGCGAUCUCAGCAUUUAAGGUCCUCGCUUGCAACAAUUGUCUUAUUAUUUUUUGGUGGUGGUUGUUGUUGCUUUAAGUCAAUUCCCAAACAUUUUCAUGCCUUUUACGCAUUUUACACGGUCUUACGUUUUUAGCGACACGAAUCCAAUGGAAUCGCUGUGCACACAAACGCAGCUCGGAACAUUCUGUUUCGUGUGUGUUGUAAAAUUCCGUGUCAAGCUGACUUGGGGCCGUGCUCAUUGGUGUCUUUAUAUGGUCAUUUUUGGGAAGAGUCCAAAGAAUGAAAGUGUCUCACAUUGUCUGAGUUAUGCCCGAACAUUUUUAUUUCCAUUUUAUGUUUUUGUGUGAAUGUUUUAAUUUACUGUCUCGGUGGAUGCGCUCAGCGUAUAAAAGGCCAAGUGGAACAUAUUUAAACUGUGACUCAUGCGUGAAGGUUCGACUGGAAGCCAUUUAAAUGAGACCUGCUGUGCUCUCAUAGCAAGAAAUGAAAACAUUCAAAUGCAAGGUGUUUGAAUGCAAACACUUGAAAUGACUAUUUUUUACGUUUAGCUUAAAAUACUGAUUUUGUGCAAUAAAACUUGAUUGUAAGGACAAAAACCUUUAUUUUUACUUUACAGUGACGCUUUAUUGAGAAUUUGUAUUAUGUCUAUUUUUAUAAUCAAUGUGAGGA